GCUAGGUCUACCCCUUCGUGCACUAUAGUGCCUUUCCUCUCUAACAAACAUCCCUCUGGAGGUUUUGCUGGAGUCCCUGGAGCUAUUCUCUGCGAACAGUACGAAAGAAGCAGCUCAAGCUCAUGCUGAUAGAAUUCUAGUACCAGAAGAAGGAGUGGGAAUGAGUGAGCAAGUAGAUCUAGCUGCUUUCCUGGAUGGUGCCAGCGAUGAGACAGUGAGUCUCGUCAUUACCUUGCUGGAAGCGGAACGAGAAGAUUUUGGCCUGGACGAACGGUUUUGCUGAGGGUUCCAGGGAGUUGCUCAACAGAGGGGGAAACUCCAACUUCCUCCAAAGAGCACCUGAAGUUUUUGAUUCCAUAGUACAGCACCGAGCGAGAGAAGUUGUUCUUAACCGUCGUAUGCACGUACAAUCAGGAGGAUGCUUGUUGAUGCUCGCAUCAAGUUCUCUUCAAUCUAUCAAUCAUCUCCGGUACAUCAACACCAAAAAACCACAUUUUUUAUACAUCGAUCCUUGUACGUAGCAUUGAUGCCCUUCAAUGAAGGGCCUUCAUCGAUCCCCAUCAUCCCCUUCCCUCUCCAAAUGAAGAUGUUAGCUCCUCCUCUUAACAUGAACAUGACAGUUGAACAAAGAGACCAGGAGCCUUCAUCCUCUACGUUGGACCCAUCGUUCUCUUCAUUUGAGUGACAGACCAG